UUACAGACAAAAAGAAAUUAAAACAAUUUUCCCCAUUUCUCUCUUCUUCAAACUCCAAAACCCUGAUAAUUCCUUGGAGAAAGAAAAAUAAUUAAACCGAAUCGCAUUAAUCGAUUCAGCGGCGAGAGAGGGAAAGAAACGAGAUGUCGUGGCUGAGAACGGCGGUGAACAAAGCGGUAGAGGUUGGGAACAAGAAUAACCUUACUCGAAACUUCAGGAACUACGCCGAUACCGUUGUUCAUCAUGCAGGUCAAGCUGUCGCUGAAGGAGCUAAACUCUUGCAAGAUCGCAUUGCAUCUCGGAAUGUCAGGAGUGUAAAGCAAACUGUCAAAAGAUUAGAGGAAGCAGCAAUAUCUUGUAGGGGUUCUGAGAGAGUUAUGCUGCUGAGAAGUUGGUUGAUUGCACUCAAAGAAAUUGAGAAGUUAGCCAGUUCAUCAUCUGAAGGCAGUCAAAAGAGCCUUGGGCAAAUUCUUGCUUCUGAAGAUGAAAGGGAGAACCCUAAAAGAACAUCUAUGGUCUUGUAUUAUGACUCUGAUAUUGGGGGUGCACCAAUGGAUUUUAGAGAGGUUUUUCUUCAGAGCCAGGCUUUGGAGGGCAUAACAGUAUCUAUGAUUAUUGAAGCACCAAAUGAUGAAGAAAUUUCUCUGCUCUUGGAGAUGUUUGGGCUCUGCCUCACUGGAGGAAAAGAAAUUCACAAUGCAAUAGUGAGCAGUAUACAGGAUCUAGCUACUGCUUUUUCUAGCUACCAAGAUGAAGUGCUGGUUAAACGGGAGGAACUGCUUCAAUUUGCGCAAAGUGCCAUAACAGGAUUGAAGAUCAGAGCAGAUCUUGUAAGAAUGGAAAGUGAAGCUUCUGAUCUGAAGAAAAAACUUGACCAAAUGAGCACUUUGCUGAAGCUUCCAAAAGGAGGUCAUGAUAAUGCAUCUGAAACGACGACUGAAGCAGCUAUUGAGGAUCUGAAAGUAGCACUUGCAGAAAUACGAAUCCGUUCCACUUUGGAAGGAAUUUUACAGAAAAAGAAGCUUGCUGUAAACAAUGGAGACUCUCCUGAGAUUCAUGCUCAAAAGGUUGAUAAAUUGAAGGUCUUAUCAGAAUCUCUUGCCAACUCCAGUAUAAAAGCAGAGAAACGCAUUUCAGAUCACAGACUUCAGAAGGAGGAGGCCUUAACUGUUCGUGUGGUCAAAGCAAAUGAAACUGAUGAAAGAGAGAAGGAAAUAGUAGCUGAGAUUUCUGAGCUCGAGAAACAAAGAGAUCAACUUGAAGCAGAGCUGAAAAAGGUUCAUAUCUCGUUGGUUGCUGCUAAUGCACGUCUACACAAUGUCAGGGAAGAAAGAGAUCACUUCUAUGAAGCUAAUGAUCAGAUUGUUGCCCAUCUGAAAACAAAGGAAGAUGAACUGUCAAAAUCGAUUUCUGCAUGUAAAGUAGAAGCAAAAGUUCUCCAUACAUGGAUUAAUUUCUUGGAAGAUACUUGGCUUCUCCAGUCCUCAUAUGUAGAAACUAAGAACAAGCAAGUUGUUGAUGAAUUGGAGCGACAUGAGGAUUAUUUUGUGAACUUUGCCAUUACCCUUCUCUCAGCUUACAAGAAAGAGCUAGGCCCUUCAAUUAGCCGUAUCAGUAAAUUUGUAGAGAACCUGAAGAAGUUGAGUGAGAGUGCAAGAAAUGAUGAUUCUAAAGAAUCAAACCCAAGGAAACAUCUUGAGGAGGAAUAUUUGGGUUAUGAAACCAAGAUUAUAACAAUCUUCAGUGUGGUUGAAAACUUGAGAGAGCAUUUUAAUGCUAAGCAUGGGACAACUUCAAGGAAAGAUGAUCCAAAGGUUAAAGAGCUAUUUGAUGACAUUGAAAAGUUAAGAGUGGAAUUCGAAACCAUUGAAAGGCCAAUUUUAGAAAUGGAGACUCCAAAGGUCGAUAGUCCCGAUGAAAGGCCGCAGGAAAUUUUAUCUCCACACCCACCUCUGGAAUCAACACAACCUAAACUUGAUACAAAAGAGAAUCCCAAAACACAACCUAAACCUGAUACAAAAGAGAAUCCUGAAACACAGCCGGUGCUAGAUGCUGCAGCCGAACUGGCGAAGCUAGAGUCAGAGUUUGGGAAGGUUAACCAAGACUACACUUCGGAGGAGAUAGGUGAUUGGGAGUUCGAUGAACUUGAAAGGGAGUUGAUUUCUGGUGAUUCUGCAUCAGGUAAAUAGAUCAGAUAAAUUAACCUUGUGAAGAAUGUAAUUAUGACAUGUAUCAACUGUCAACUAUCUACCUGCCAAAAAGCUGCAUUUAAAAAGGAAACAAGCUUUUGCUGUUAUUUCUGUAAAUUUGGAUGGGGAUUUCAAUUAGUUGAUUCUUCUGUAAAUACUUUCACUCUGUAAUAUGGAAUUUAUAGAACACAUGAAUCAGUAUUCAGUUA